CGUGAAUUACAGGCCAAUCGGACGUGACAGUAUUUCGAAAUGGUUUUUCUUUACAAUAGCUAAACGCCCCAAGAUAAUUUGCUUCCUGGCAAUAUCCAUCUCCCCCCAUCUUCUCGCGCAAUUUCUGGCUUCCUUACUGAUAUCGAAACACGUUUGUUACUUAACAAACAGACAACUAGCACAAUGCGUCCAACUUCUCCCUUUCAUCAAGUUAAUGAGCUUUCGCUUAUUUGCUCCCAAAGUUGGGGUUGUGGUUCUCCUGAUCGUUUGGACCAAGAGCUAUCUUCAGGAGCUGACCCCAACAAUCAGCCAGAGAGAGCCCAUGAAUUACUCUCUUCUGUUGAGCCACUUUGGGAUGCUCGAGAUCCACCGCCACAGUUUGAGCGGUAUGGAGAGCAGUUUCAGCCUCCUCUUUACUGUGCUGCCAACACAUUCUCCAGCAAGCCAGUGUUCAAGAAUGAAAGACUGAAAAUGAUUGUUUCCCUUCUUCGGCAUGGAUCCGACCCGUUUCUUGAAUUUCCGCAAGCUCUACGCAGUCCCAGACAUUCCUCUAGAAGCAGAGCGCCGUUCCCGGGUGAGGACCCUCCACGAACUCCAGUUGCAGACUACCGCCUUGGAAUCAAUAGCCUAGAAGAGUCGUUGGAAGAGGAUGAUCGUCCGCACUUUUCAGAUGAUGAGUGGGAGAGUGAGGAACCAACGCCUGUUUGGGGUGCUCGGCAUCUCAUACAUGCCAUCAUCGAGGAUGGGAUUUGGCUGAAGCCUUUGAUGGACUAUCCCGGCUUUCUGGAAUCUUUAGACCUUGAACAUCGUGAUCCCCAAGGACGUACACUCCUGCUCAGUGCGUGUCGAAGUGCAGCUGGAGCCGACAUACUUGCGGGGACCGCUUUGGUGGAUGUUGAUUGGAGGGCGGAAAAAGGAGAAGCAGGCCAGAAGUUCUUUCCAAGUUGGGAUCGAUUUUUGGGGCCGACUGAGUCAGACUUCUCAGAGCCAGGCUCGGAAUCUUUGAUUGAAGUAUUUCUCCGGCUUGGAGCGGACCCUCUCGCGGUAGACAAUCAAGGCAAAAACGCGUUGCAUCACCUCCUCGUCGAAGUCAGUAAUGAUCGAGAUGCGGAUUUACCCAUAGUUCGGCGUUCUUUACGCAUCUUUUCGUCGAGAUACCAGUCUUUGGUCGACCAACCUGAUCACCAUGGAACAUAUCCACUACACGCAGCUCUUCGGCGGAUGCGCCUCCAUCCCCUAGCUGAAAGCCGUUACCCCCUUGUCAUGGCAGAGCCUCUUGGGUGUGUCGAGGAUCUUAUAAGAGCUGGCGCUGAUCCUCGGGCCAAAGACAAAAAGGGCAAUACCGCGCUGCAUUACUUAGCUGAUGACGAUUUGACUGCCAUCUGGUACGGGACAGAAAAGCGACGAUUGUUCUAUGACCUGUUAAAGAUAGCGUUCGGCGAUGAUAUAAAUAUGCGAAACAACGCUGGAAAGACUGUGGCAGAGCUCAUAUUGGACGAUAAUGGCCAUAUGGACGACGAUAAGUCAAAUGCUUUUCACUCUUCUGACGAGGACGAGGAUCAAGAUCUCCGAACUUGGCUAGACGUCGAUACUGAUGUUCUCGAGGCUUUGGACGAGGCCGGCUAUGAUUGGAAGGCCAAGACGUCAGAAGGUGGAAACCUAUUACACAUUGUUGCGCGAUCUGGGCUCGACCAGCGCAGAUUGGUUUUGAGGAGUCGAUUUCUGGUGCAAAAGGGAAUCGAUGCAAAUGAACCAGAUGCAGAUGGUUGGACAGCGAGGAAAAUCGCAGUGCAUUACAAGUUGAACAAGGUCGGGUUCUAUGCGGAGCUUGAAAGGCUGGAACAGGGUGAGGUUGAGGAGUACUGGAGGACAUGGAGUUAACUAAGUCCUGUGUGCCGGGAUAAGCUCUCGGCCGCAAGCCUCAACUGCAAAUAACCCAUCUAGAUAACAACUCAAACAAUGUAGGAGGACAUUGUGAAGAUGAUUAUCCAUCUCGCAUCGACUAGCUCAAACAUGCAGCAAAGGGAAAUAUGAAUAUGAAAAAACGAGUCAUGGCCAUGCGUCAUAUCAAGAAAAAUAUGUUUAUACUCGGGUUUAUUCAGUCGUACAUUCCACCAACUCCACCCCGAUACACUGACGUCCGUCCUUGGCCAUAUUCACCUUAACUAAACUCCUCAAGCACCAACUGCCAACAAACCAGCCAUCAAUAAACCUUGAUCACAUUAUACUCUUCGGUAGAUAUUCUAAGCAGC